AUGCAUGGGGAGCUUGGGAACAAGCUCGUCCAACAUGCCAAACGCACCCAAACGCUCCCAGCCCUCCCGCCAUACCAAACCGAACUGGUGCGCGCCGUGGUGCGCGAAGUGCGCGACCUCGACCGCGACGUAACCCGGAUCCUCGAACCAUUUAACGCAAUCGACGAAGAAACAGGCAGCAGCCAAAGCACAUUCAAUCCGGCCGAACACCCCGCGACGGCAUGUGCGCUGCUCGUCGACCAUCUGAGCAUGCGGCGCAACAAGAGAUGUCUGCUGGCCUACCACCGCGUGCGUGCUGAAAGACUGGAAACCAUGGCGUGGGAGGGGAGGGAUCUGUUGGAUGAAUUGCAUAAUGCGCAUACAGAACAAAAGGAACAGAACCAAACCCAAAACCAAAAUCAAGGAAACCAGCAACAACAACAACAGUCGUCUGAUGUCAAGGCGACUCAAGAUUCAUUGAGUCCAGAAGAGGAAUCAUAUUUCCGACGCUACGUCGAUCUCCUCGCGCAAUAUAAAGGCCAGUGGACGGAUAUCGAUCUCACGGGCCCGCUGGAGCCGCCGCGCGACUUGUUCAUCGAUGUUCGCGUGUUGAAGGACGCCGGGGAGAUUCAGACGGAGUAUGGGGUCAUCAACUUGACCAAGAAUAGUCAGUUCUACGUCAGGCAUGGCGACGUGGAGAGGUUGAUUCAGAUGGGGUUUCUGCAGAGACUGAGUUGA